AUGAAUCCGGAGUCCAUCACUAUAGACGCCACCUCGUUCAGUGAUCUUCCACCAGAGGUCCAUGGAAUGGUCGCGUCUCAACUCGACUCGUACGACCUGAGUCUCUGUGUCCUCGUCUCCAAAACCUGGAGAGCGUCUUUCCAUCGCUACCUCUGGAGACAUGUCGCGAUUAUGAUGGAUGAGAGUGACGACUUUGAUCCCAAACUGCUCAAACUACUGAAGGCCAAUCGAGAGCAUGUGCACUCGCUCACACUGUUUGCGGGAUAUGGCGAUGUGCUGCACUCGUUUCUGGAGCUCAUACCGCUUUCCUCUAAUCCUCGCCUUGUCUUCCCAAACCUGUAUUCGGCGGAAAUCAGUUGCGAGUUCGGAGAGUCAACGGAUCAGACUAUGGCACAGUUUCUCGAGCUGACCGGCACGAAAUGGAAGAGACUUGUUUUUAAUGACACUUCAGAGUCCAGAUAUGGGAUUGAUUUUGGGCCACAAUCCAUAAAGGUGCUUGCGAGGCAUGCCGAGUUCCUUAAGGUGUUCCACUGGAGUAGUGAAACUGGAUCCUCGGAUGGGCUCGUAGAGCAACUGCUUCGCUCUGCGUCCAAACUGAGGGAACUCUCUGUUGUCGGGCAAUACAGAUCAUCUGGAGGAUGGUUGGACGCCAGGAAGAUUGUGGAGAUAGAGUGGGUCUGCUUAGAUCUGGAGGUCUUCCAAUGCAGGAUCCGUAACAUCCCCCGCCCAGAUAUCACCCGCGACAUUGGUGAUGAUCCCACGGUCGUGUAUAUUGAGGAGGGUACGCUUCAGGAAAGUCUCGACCUCCAGCGUCAGGUAUACACCAAGCUGGCCAAGUUGACGAAGCUGCGGGAACUAAAGUUGGGCUUGGUGAUCGAAGUGUGUGCACCGGAAUAUCAACUUGGGGACAAGACGUGCGAAAAACAGUUUGACUGUCUGGCGAUGACUUUGGACAGUGGGUUGGAUCUGCUGAAAGGCUUGAAGGAGUUGAGGGUGGUUGGAUUGGAGGACAUGGAGAUUUAUGUGGAGGGCGAGAGAGAGCAAGCCUGGUUCAAGGAGCAUUGGCCAAAUGCGAAGAUUGAGCUCGGGGAGUAUUUCCACGACCAGUACCUUGAGUAG